CGUAGAAAGUAGAGCGUCAUUAGCAACAGCGACGGCGUUAGCAACAGACAAGAUCGGAAAUAACUCGAAACAACAACAACAAUAACAAGUAGCGACUACGACUACGACGACGACGACGGGUACAACAACAACAACAACAGCAACGGCAACGGCAGUGAUGAUUACGAUGAUAAAGAUAAGAAUAAUAAUAUCAAGAAUAUCCAGGAUAUCAACAAAAAUAUCAUCAGCAGCCGCAUCAGAUGCAGCAGCCGAAUCGACAGCAGCAUCUUCAUCAACAGCAGCUAUUGUAAUGAAUGUGACACAGUUAGAAGACUAAACAACAAAGUUCGCAAAAAAGCGGUGCAUGGUUCAAAUCGCAGAGACUCCUGGUUGCUGACAGCUUCAGUUCAUUCUUUGUCGUUUUCAUGCUUCGGCUAGACAUUAUCAUAUUAUUGUCUAUCUUCAUUACCAAUGCUAUCAGCAUCAUCGUAAUUGUUAUCUUCGCUAACGCCACCCUUCAAAGCUACCCACUUGAAGCAUUGUUGUUCCCACCCGGGUAUACAACCAGUAACCUUUCCUUUGUCAUUAUCAUUAUUAACAUUGCCGUUCUCAUCACAAUCAUUAUCAUAACCAAUAUCGACAUGGCCAUCACCACCGACAGUUGAACUAGCACCACCAGUUCCUGAAACGAUCAGCAAAGUAAAGACCCACUUUCUUAAACAAGACAGUCAACGGUGUCACAAACAUCAACAUUGCAAUCGUCAACGCAACGAAGAAAUGUGACGCCAACAACGGCGGUAACAGCAGCAGCAGCAACAACAACGAAACAAGUAACAACACUAGCAACAGUAACAACAACAAUAACGAAUAGAACAUCAACAGUAACAUAAUUGGAACCAUUGUGAACAGAAUCUCUUCCGGAAACCGACGUUACCGCUACCAGUUCUAUCUUACCAAACCACCUCCGCCUCAAUAUGGCUCCAUUGCCAUCAUCAUCGUCACCGUCAUCGUCAUCAUCGUCAUCGUCAUCAGCGUCGUCGUCGUCGUCACCAUCAUCAUCAUCAUCAUCAUCAUCGUCUUCAUCGACACCGCCGACACCUUUGUCAUUAUCAUCAUCAUCACCGCCACCUUCGCCCACGUCACCAAUAAAUUUGGGUCAACCGGCGCCGGAUCAGCCCUCGAAACCUCAGCUAUCGACCAAUGCCUCCUCCUUCUCCAUUGCUGCUCUUAUGGGCUUGAGUGACGAUGACACCAAGUCACGGUCACGGAACACCUCCACGGACAACAAUAGCCGAAGUCUCUGCACGACACCUUGGCUAACAACACCGUUAACUGACCAGCAAAACGUCAGUGACGUAGACGACGAUCAGAUAAUCAGAGCGACACGAGAUAUUAUUCAUGACACAAGGUCACACCAAAUAUUUGGACACUGGUCAAGUAAUGAAGACAUUCCAACAGAGAAAAACUCAGUUAUAUCACCACUAGAAAAGUUGGUACUGUCAGCAGCUGGUCCGACAGUUACGAAUUCUCUUUCAUCGCUCAGUCGAAAUGAUAUUGCGGAACGAUCCAUUAAAAAAUUUAAAGUCUGUGACGGAAACAUCACUGCUUUGCAAGCAAUAGAAUGUCAAUUGGAAAGUAAAGAACUCUGGAGCAAAUUCUACGAAUUAGGAACGGAAAUGAUUAUCACCAAAACCGGCAGGCGGAUGUUCCCAACAUGUAGGGUAUCCUUUUCCGGACUGGAGACAAACACUAAGUAUAUGGUUAUGAUGGACAUCGUGCCUGUAGACAGCAAGCGUUAUAGAUAUGCCUAUCACAGGUCUUCUUGGUUAGUGGCAGGCAAAGCUGAUCCACCCUUACCAACCCGAUUCUACGUGCAUCCAGAUUGUCCUUUUACGGGAGAACAAUUACACAAACAGACGGUAUCAUUUGAGAAACUAAAGCUGACCAAUAACAUGUCGGACAAGACUGGACACAUUAUACUUAACUCAAUGCAUAAAUAUCAGCCACGCGUCCACAUAAUACGACAGAAGGAUUUCUCUUCGCAAACAAAAUUAGACACUACAGAACUGCGAACGUUUAUUUUCCCCGAGACUAUUUUCAUUGGUGUGACUGCAUACCAAAAUCAGCUGAUUACUAAACUGAAAAUAGACAGCAACCCGUUUGCAAAAGGAUUCCGAGAUUCGACGAGACUGAGCGACUAUGAAAGGGAAGGAAUGGAGAACCUUCUACCGCAGUACAUCUAUGCCAAGUCUCCCGUAAGAACAGUUGACAGUGAGUACAGCAAGAGCAUUCAGAAGGAUUUUGCCCUAUUCACUGAUGAACAAUUCUUCUUCGAUAAACACAGAUUCCUACCAGCGAUUUCAAAUGCCUGGUCAUUCUGGAGGCCGUUAAGCUCUCCUCUCAUGUCGGCAGCAGCAGCAGCAGCAGUAGCAGCGGCGGCAGCAGCAGCAUCGACUUCAUCAUCUUCCGACGGAGAGCGAUCUGUCUAUUCAAUCUAUAGUGGAUUUUAUGGUUUAGCACACACAGCAGCAGCUACGGCGGCAGCAGUGCAAUCGUCAUCAAUAGCGUUAACCAAUCCCUCUUCUGCUCAGAAUCACAUGGUAUCCGCAUUGGCCGCUUCUUCAUCAAAUGCAUCUCAGACAACUGCAGGAUUAUGUACCCCAGUUGCUAGUAGCCUUUAUCACUACCCAAGCCUAUUCCGCUAUCACCCUUAUGUCACAACAAAACGAAAAUCUACAUCGUAGUAAUUGUGGCAGUAACAGGCAAGAAUGAAGAAAAACUGGCUAAAAUGAACCACCGACGUUAGAUUUAUGUGACGGCAGCAAUCUGAACUGAUAUUUCGUUCAAGAAAUGCUAAUGUCUUUUAAUACUAGCACUAUUACUCUCACCAUUAAAUUCACACAUUCACACGUACCCAUGGUCACAUUCGCAUUCACUAAGCAACAAUCAUUCAUUUCUGUUUUUCUAAUACUAUUUACUGUAAAUACAAUUAAUAGAAUUCGAAAAGAAUACAAAUUUCAGCCUUCCUAGUUACCUACAUUUCUAUCUGUCUGACUAUCAAUGUCUACCGCUCUAUCUCUAUCUAUCUCUCCAUCUAUCUCUACUUGCAUCUCUACUUAUAUGCGAAGGCGAAUCAUUAAUUAUCCGCAAUGCACUAAUAAUUUUUGUCUUUCUUAUUGGUGUGAUUAUUAGUUGUGUAUGUGUCACAAGACAAGCUCCCUCUCUCGAGUCAUUACGGUGCAGGUUUGAUCUUGGAACGUCAAUUGAAACGUCAAUCUUGGAACGUCAAUCACAUGGUAUCCGCAUUGGCUGCUUCUUCAUCAAAUGCAUCUCAAACAACUGUAGGAUUAUGCACCCCAGUUGCUAGUAGCCUUUAUCACUACCCAAGCCUAUUCUGCUAUCACCCUUAUGUUACAAUAAAACGAAAAUCUACAUCGUAGUAAUUAUGGCAGUAACAGGCAAGAAUGAAAUAAAACUGGCUAAAAUGACUGUUAGUGCGUUAAUCAUGGCUGUUUUGGCUUCUGUUUACUCCAACAGGAGCAGUUUUAUGUGAGCUGCUUUCUCUGAAUUGAAGUCACAUCAGGGGGUGAACUUCAUCGACGGGUUUCAGCAUAGUAUGGAAAUAGGGCUUUACUAAUACGAGCUGUCUAGGAAUAGACUGAAAAGAAAUUAGAAAUAGUUGCAUCAGUGUUACUUAUCAAGAUGGAACUAUUCGUCUAGACAGGUCCUCUGCUGAAAACAGCUUCAAGCGAUUUCUUGACAUGGCACUUUUGAACACGUAGAUAGCUGCUUUAUGAAAUGUCAAAUAAUAUGCAAAUUAUGUUCGUGCCUAUGAAAUCAAUCACGACAAAUUUUACAAAAGUUUGUCCCAAAACUAUUCCCAGAAUUGCAUGAAUGCAUUCGUUUUGAAAUCUGCCACUGACAUUUGGAUCGCUGUGGUAGCGUUGAUAAUACAUUUAUGGAAACACUAUUCACUUCAGGUUGGAGCAUAUAUGCUAGCUUGUGGAACAGAAACGUCUUUAAAUAUCUGUCAAAUACCUAUCUUUAAAUACCUGUCAUCUCAACCAGCGAGAUGAAAAAUUAUUUUGCCGGUUUUUCUUUAAAUUUUUUAUUUUUACUUAUUUACUUGGAUGGACCUAUCCGAGAGUAAUAUUUUUUCUUCUAUAUGCACAAGCACUGAAAUUUGUGAGGAGAUGACUAGUCAGUGAUAUCGACCCCAGUGUUUGACUGGUACUUUGACUGGUACCUUGAGAGGAUGAAAAGCAAAAUCGAACUUGGCGGAAUUUGAACUCAGAACGUAGAGACGGACGAAAUGCCGUUAAGCAUUUUGGCCGACGUGCUAAUGAUUUUGCCAGCUCGGCGCCAUAGCCCGAGAGUAAUAUCAGGGGAGAGGCUAAACAGUAAAGACACUCGUUAAAACGAAAUCCUGCAUAACAAGCUAAGGCCAGAUAGUAGAAACAAAUUCCAAAUCUAUUCUCAAAAGACAUUGUGUUUAUUUUCAAAGUUAGCCUAUAUAUAUAUAUAUAUAUAUAUAUAUAUAUAUAUAUACACAUAUUACAGAGAUGUAUUUGCAUAGCAAGUGAUCUGAUCUGAAAUUAUGUGCUGAAACAAAAACAAUUGCAGCGUGGAAGGUGUUUAUAAGCCAUUUAAAAACACACAAAAACCGUUAGAUUCACUCCAACAUUUAAAUUUAAUUUGCCAAAAUAUUUUCGUCGCUUUGAGACCAGGACAAAAUUUUUGUGUGUUUUUGAAUGGCUUAUAAACACCUUGCACGCUGCAAUUGUUAUUGUGUGUAUUUAUAUAUAUAUAUAUAUAUAUAUAUAUAUCAGAUCGGUGAUCAUUUCACUACUGUAGAGUAGACUGUUUUAACGUUCUGAGUUCAAACCUACACAGUACUCACUGCAGGACGGUGUUCAUGAAUGCACAACUACCUUUCCUGUGAAUGGGAAAAGAGCACUCACGCCCACAUGCAAGCACACACGCACACAUUCACUCACACACACACAUAUGCACUCGCAUGCGUACAAAUAUAUGAAAAUAGAGCAACUGUAUAUCAUUUGAAAAUCGUAGUUUCUAAUUUUUUUCUUUCUAAAUUUCUUGAAGUGGUUUCUAUAUAUUUUCAUAUAUCAUUUUUAUUAUCUAACCCCAUUUCUCAAUAAUUUACCUUUCAA